UCAUGGACAGGACGGCCGCGGCGCCGACCCGCAGGGUUUCCUCUCUGCCGCAGUUCAACAUCUCAACCUCCACGUUGGCCUUCGACCAGCAUUUCACCACAAACGCCAAGGGGAUACUUCUUCUGGUAGAGAUACUGACGGGCAUGUUGGUCUGGAUCUUGAUUGGCGGCACCGAUUACUUCCGCCUGUCGACUCUUUGCUGGGUGAUGUUCGUGUCCAUCCUGCUUUGGAUUCUGACCAUUUGCCUGUUCAUAAUUUACCUCACCGGAGUCCACAGCAGGCUGCCGCAGAUUCCCUGGGCGACGCUGUCGCUGUGUUUCAACUGUGCUGCUGCAGCUCUGUAUCUGGUGACAGCCGUAGUCGAGGCUGUCUGUGUGGGCCAGGCCACCAGGGGGCGACACAACUACAACUGUUGGGCAGCGUCGGCAUUCUUUGCAUUUCUGGCCACACUGUGCUACGCAGGAAGUGGCUACCUGAGCUACCGUUUGUGGAGAACCACAGAGGAAGAACAUUAAGGCCUCUUCAGACUCUCAGGCUUCCUUGUGCGUCAUCAGAGGCUCGGGGAGGAGGAGCGGACAGUUUCUUUAUCGACCGACGCCGCGGACGUUGAAGAAGUUCACCCAUAGACUAAAUCAACACAAAGAAAAAAAAAAUCCAACAAGAUUUGUGGAGGAAAACCAGAUUUUUAGCAUGUUUGCUGGUUUGUGUUUGUGGCUUCAUAAAAUGUUGUAGUAAAAAAAAAACAAAAAAACAAAACAAAACAACAAAAGCCUCCAUUUGUCCAAGUCACUUUGCGCCUCUUUGUCAAUGACAACUGGAUACAUGACUAAAACACAAAACACCUUAGAGUUCAUUUGAAAGCUUAAUUUUGAAAUGAGUUGUUUUUCCUGCAAUCUCUCCGCUCAUUUCAUCCAGUAGAUUUGAAUACGAAUGCAACAAAUCAUGCACAUGUGAACAAUGAUGCUUUUCACUUCCUCGCUGGAUAAUAAUAAUAAUAAUAAUAAUAAUAAUAAUAAUAAUAAUAAAAGCAAUUAGGCCUUGAAAUAUUUUGAAUCAUUUAUGCAGCAUACUGGAAUACAUAAUUCAGCAGCAUCUUGUAGCUAUUUUACAAAGUUUGCGUUUCUGCCUUGUGUUGCAGCAGC